AAGAAAAUGCAUCUAAAAGUGUGGGAAUUGAAGAGUCAUUUGAGAUGAUGUCCGAAGAGAUGUCACGAAUGAAUGAAUUUACGUUUUCUCAGUUAGAGGAACAGACAAAGACUUCCAAACAGAAAAAGAAAACAAAAUCCAAACAGAAGGCAGAAGCAAGAAGUGAGACCAUAGAAACACCAGUACCUGAAGAACCGCAACCAAUGUCUCAACAGUCGACAGCCGAUCCUAUUGUUAGAGAGACUCCGAGUCGGUCUCCUACUCCGGCCUCUUAUAUGGAUGACUCGGACUCUCAUAAGAGUGAUGUAUCGCAGGUGUCGUCCAGUAAGGCGUCCACACGAUCCUCACGUUCUUCGAGAACUCCGACUAAAAAAACUGUUAAGAAAGUGACGGAAACGCCGACCCAUUCGAUGAGACUCAGAGGAAGCACUUCUAAACCAAAGAAA